UCUGUCGGGUGCUGGCUGGGUGGGCCGCGGUGGCGACGCAGCAUGGGCGACGCGGACGGGCUGCGGCAGCGCCGGCGUCUGCAGCCCCAGGUCGUCACGGACGAUGGCCAGACCCCGGAGGCCAAGGACGGGAGCUCCUUUAGCGGCAGAGUUUUCCGAGUGACCUUCUUGAUGCUGGCUGCCUCCCUCAUUGUUCCUCUGCUUGGAGCUAUCAUGUUUCUGGAUUCUCCCAUAGAUCCACAGCCUCUCAGCUUCAAAGAACCCCCUCUCUUGCUUGGUGUUCUGCAACCAAAUACAAAGUUACGAAAGGCGGAAAGGCUAUUUGAAAAUCAACUUGUUGGGCCAGAAUCAAUAGCAAAUAUUGGGGAUGCGAUGUUUACUGGUACAUUAGAUGGCCGGAUCAUAAAAUUUGAAAGCGGUGAAGUAGAGACCAUCGCCCGUUUUGGGUCGGGCCCGUGCAAAACCCAAGAUGAUGAGCCUGCUUGUGGGAGACCCCUGGGCAUCCGGGCAGGGCCGAACGGGACCCUUUUUGUGGCUGAUGCAUACAAGGGGCUAUUUGAAGUAAAUCCCUGGAAACGUGAAGUGAAACUGUUGGUGUCCUCCGACAUACCUAUUGAGGGGAGGAAAAUGUCUUUUGUGAACGAUCUUACAAUAACUCGGGAUGGGAGGAAGAUUUAUUUUACGGAUUCUAGCAGCAAAUGGCAAAGACGAGAUUAUUUGCUUCUGGUUAUGGAGGGAACGGAUGAUGGGCGCCUACUAGAGUAUGAUACCGAGACCAAGGAAGUGAAGGUUUUACUGGACCAGUUGCGGUUCCCUAAUGGAGUGCAGCUUUCUCCUGCAGAGGACUUCGUCCUGGUGGCAGAGACAACCAUGGCUAGGAUAAGAAGAUUCUACGUGUCUGGCCUGAUGAAGGGAGGGGCCGACCUGUUUGUGGAGAACCUGCCUGGAUUCCCAGACAACAUCCGGCCCAGCAGCUCCGGGGGUUACUGGGUUGGCAUGGCAGCAAUUCGCUCCAACCCUGGGUUUUCAAUGUUGGAUUUCUUAUCUGAGAGACCUUAUAUUAAAAGAAUGAUUUUUAAGCUGUUUAGUCAGGAGACAGUGAUGAAGUUUAUGCCACGAUAUAGCCUCGUCCUAGAACUCAGCGACAGUGGGGCCUUCCGGAGAAGCCUGCACGAUCCCAAUGGGCAGGUGGUCACCUACAUCAGCGAAGUGCAUGAGCACGACGGGCAUCUCUACUUGGGCUCCUUCAGGGCCCCCUUCCUCUGUAGACUCAGCCUUCAGUCUGUUUAGCGGCCCCAGUCGCAGCCCUAAUCAUGCCUGUACCAGGAGUUGCCACGCUUGAGCACCAUACCUGGUCUGGGAGGUGCCAUGGACACAGCCCUUCUCACCUGCACUGCUGACCCUUGGAAAUGUGGUAUGACCCUGCAGGCAUGCAGGCCCGUGUGGGACAGCCCUCACUGGGGUUUGACUUUGCAUUUAGAGGGAACCAUCUUAACAUCUGCCAUUGGGAAGAUAAGUCCAUGUAAGGCCAUUUUCUCUUAAAAAAUUCUAAGUACAGUAAUUUUCUGGGACUUAGGUGACAUCAUAUACGUUCAGCAGGCCUCAGGGUUUGGUGGAUAGAGCAGUAGAUCCCUGUCCAGGGAUCUUGUUUUAGCUACUGGCUCUGUCCUGCCAGCCUCAGUGUCUUUAUUAUAAAACACGGUAAUGCCUGUCUUGGGCGGGGCACAGGAAGGGCAAGGAUUGCGCAGUGCAGAAGUGUCCAGAUGCCAGCAGGUGCAGCUGUGCAAGCACACGUAUUAGCACUGCAUUCUCCAGAGCUGUGCAGGCCCUUUGUCUCUGUCUUUACCUCCCAUCGCUCCUACCCUCCAUCCUACUCCAGCUUGUACCAGGGGCUUUUUAAGGCUCCUGAAUUUUGUCAACCAUGUAAAGGCAAGGACCUGAGGAAGUGCAUAGGAAAAGCAUGUGGAUUCCAACAAUUCAGAGAGGACUCACUGGGUUUCUCUCUGUGAACAACCUACCACACAAAUUGAAUGACCCAGCAACUGGGUGAAUUUAGGGCAGUCCUGUUUACACACCUUUGUUUCUCGCCUCUAGACUCACAGAGGUGAAUAGUGCACGUGUUAAUGUCAUAUUUGCUCAAGUGCCACAAGUCCAAAAUUGCUGUAUGUCUAUACACUGGUCAUAAUGUUGUCAGGGAGAUCCAUGUAAUAAUGAUAAUUAAAUGAACUUUUAUGCUGAUUAA